CGAACGGUAGUGGUUAUGGUGGUGGUAACAAUUCAAUCGCUAUAAUUUUGGCAUUAAUUAUAAUUUUGAAUAUUUUAAUGAUUAUGCGGAAGAUUAUACAAAUACAGGCGGUGUAAAAGAGAGCGAGUGAGAGAGAGAGGUGUUCCAGAAAAAUAUAUAAAUAAAUAAAAUAAAAAAAUAAAUAAAAAUCGAUAAAAAUUGCUGGAAAUUUUGAAAAUCUUGAAAGUGAAGUUAGUAACUUUUUUGCUGUGAAAAUGGAUUUUCGUAAUCUGUGUUCCAAAAUCGAUGUGGAUGCAAUACGAGCUAAAUUUCCACCCUUACCCGAGGUGAUGACCCAGAUUAAAUUACCAAAGUCAAUGUCAAAAUUAAAGUCACGCAAAAUUUUUCGCAUGUCCCGUGAAGAUGUCAGCCGUUCGUCGUCGAAACGACGCUCCUCCAGCAUUGAUGAUAUUGCCAAGCAACAACAAAAUCCCCUGGGCCCUCCAUUUAGUAUACCGAUACCGCCCACACCCUCGGAUUUUGUAAAUCACACCCCGGAAAGAAUUUCCACCAUAUCUUCUUUGGUGGAUCGAAGUGGUGGUGGCAAGGGUCGCAGUUUGGGCCGUGGGGCCACAAUGAAAAAACACCAUGCCUUCGAGGAUCAGGAUGAGGAGAAUUUCUAUCGCAGUGCAGGUGGCAUUGAUGACUAUUGUCCCUCACCGGAACAUAUGCCGGCAACACAGCGCAGCUAUUCCACCCGACCCAUGAGUCCGCCAAGAAAAACAACCGGCCUCUCCCCCACUCGCCGUACCGCCUCGGAGCAAAAUGUCAAAAUGUCCUUUAAGGAGAAGUGUCAAAAGGGCUACAAAGAUGCCUCGGAAUUUCGUUUGAAACAUGUCUUUGCCAAGAAGACGGUGGUGCGUCAGGACACCAUACAGGUCACCGAAUAUGUGCGACGUUUUGAGGAAGAACGCCGCCAGGAGGAAAGUGAAGAGGAACGUGAGGCCCGGGAAUUGGAGGAGAAUUAUGAUUUUAAUUUCCGCACCUCAAGGCGUAAAUCGGAUGAGUCCUUUGGGGUCAGUACCCCCAGAGAUUCUCCGCAACGGCAGCAGCAGCCGCAUUUGGCAAGGUUACCAACCUCGAAUCCCAAGAAAACCCUUAGCGAGCAGAGUGGAGAUGAAAGUGGCAUGGAAUUGACCCCACCUCCAAGGAGACCUGGUAUUGCAGCCACCCGAUUUUCGAGGGUACGCAAGGAUCCUCUGCGUAUGUCAUUGGAUGAGGAUGAUGGCAUUAAAUCUCCUCCCAAAAAUCAAAAAUCUGAGGAGGAAGAAGAGGAGGAGGAGGGGGAUGACAAUGACAUUGAAUUGGAUGAAGUGGAGGUGGAUAAACCCCCCAUGCCCCUACAUCCCAUAGAGAGUGCCCUGUACAAUAAAAUCAACAAACAAAGGGAGGAAGAGGAGGCGGAACGCCUCCGGAAAAAGGAAAAACUGCAAAAGUCACGCAGCAUUAAAAAGAGAUUGGGAACCUUUAAAAGUGUCUCCCAGGAGGGUUCGCUGGCCAGUAAUUCGCCCCUGAAAACGCGGCGAGCUCCCCUUAGCCCCCAGGAAUCGGAGGAGAAAUCGAAGUCCCCCAAGGCCGAGGGAGGAGGUUUAAUCAAGCAGAAUUUCAAACGUUUACAAAAGUCCAUUAAACUACCCAACAUGAGCUCAUCCCGGGGUGCAGAGUCAGAGGGCGAGGCUGAUGCGGAAUCGGGAAAAUCAAAACCCUCCAAAACCCAGCAAUUUGCCGAGCGCCUCAAACGUUUCCGUUCCGUGGAUAAUGUGGACAAGCAAACGGAUAAUGAGGAUGGAGGGGGAGGGGGAGAGGGCACCAAGACACCGGGUUCCCCGCUACAAAAGCUAACCCACAAACUGCAGGAUUGGAAGAAAAGCUUCAAAAGGAAACCCUCGGAAAAUACCGAUGAUGAGAUGGCCACCAAUUCGCCGCAGAAAAAGGAAAAGCCUGUUGGCACCCUCAUUCGCAGAUUGCAACACAUACGCAAUCGUAAACAAGCCAGCACCGAUGACCCCGACGAUGAUGAGGAGGGGGGUCAUAGCUAUAGGGAAAGCUUUAAAUCUCGGGCCAAAUUGCAGCUGGAAAAGGGCAUGGCUGCUGCCCAGCAUAUGCCUCAACUGACCAUGGAGAAGCUGAAGGAAUCCAAGAAAUUGUUCCGCAAGAAACAGGAGAAGGACAAAGACAAGGAUAAGGACACGGACAAAAAGAAGGACAAAGCAGGCGCCGCCGCCAUGAAAUUCAAUGAAAGCGGAGUCUCUGAUUUGGAGGAUAGUGAGGAGGAGGAGAACAACGAUGGCAAAAUGAGAAUGGCCCGUAAAAAGAAAUCAAAGGAUAACAAGGAAAAGGCCACGACCAGGCAUUACUACAGCUCCGAUGAUGAGGAGGAAGACGAUGAGGCAGGGGCAGCCGGAGGAGGGGAGGAUGAAAAAUCCACCAAAAUCACCCUGGAACCAUAUCAGCAAAAUGUCAUGGUACCGCUGUCGCGGGCAGCAUGGACGGCCAAGCCAAUUCUCACAGAUUCCGGAGAUGAUUUGGAUGAAGAUGAUGAUGUCCUACCCAGGGUCUUGAUACAUCAGGAUAAUACCGAAGGUUUUGAGUCCACUCUGAUUAUUGCGGUGAAAUGUCCCAUUUCCCGAUCCCCCACGCGAUCACCGGCCUACAUUGAGGAAUUGCCUCCAGACUAUGAGGAUUCUCCCAAGGCCUCUUCACCCAUGGAUUCUCCAAAGCCCUCUACCCCCGAAACCAGGGCCAAUUUGGCUGAAUUCCAGACUCCCCUGCCCCGUCGCGGAGAACGUCGAGCCUCCAAAGAUUCGAUGCUGUCUUCGGGAUCACGCAGCCAUCACUCAAGGAAGCAGUCCAUCGAUUCGAGCUCCGAAGAUUCCUGGAUGAAAGAUGUACCGCGUGAUACCUCCAAUGUUAUUGGUUUGGAUAGGGUCUAUGAGUCGGAGGAGCCUUGGAAAAUCCAUAAUGGACCCAAAAUGGAUGAGAAGCUCUACAAGACCAAGAGCAUUGAUAUCUUUGAGAAACACAAGCAGCAGGGCGGUGGUAUGGCGUUGCACAUAUUUGAGGACUUUGAUGAUGAGCUGAAGAAUACCCCGGUGGUCAAGAUUAGCAAGGAGGAAGAGGAUAGGGAAUGGGAUGAGGGAAAGCAAGAAGGGGGGUCUAAGAAUCAAAAUGAACCCGAUGAGAGCGGUGAAGAAAUGGAUCAACCAGAUGAUGACAACUCCUCCAGAAUAACCAAAAUCCUAAGGCAGCCAGAGGUUCCAAAAACCGAAAAGGAGGAAGAAGCUGUGAAAAAGAAAGAAGAAGACCUGGAAAAAUCCAAAUUCGGCAACAAAUUAUAUGGCAAUAGCCGUGAAAGCCUCAAUGGGAAUAUGGAAAGAAAUGCCCCUCAGACGGAUAGUGGGGCUGUGGAGGACAAUGAGGAUAGCAGUGAGGAGGAUGAUGAUAACGACGACGACGAUCCUGAGGAGGAAGAGAGCGAUGAGGAUAGGCCCCCCUCACACAAACCCUCGCCACCGCCCCAAGAGCCCACAACACCACCUCCACCAGUGCCACAGAGACAGCCCUCCAUACGCCUGAGCUGCAAUAUACCCAGGCAACCACCACCACCCUUGCCGGAGACAGGAAAAUCAGAGGAGGAGGAGGAAGACGAAGAAGGAGUAACAUCACCACCACCACCCUUACCUCAAACAAAACCACCCCUGCCACCCAACAGGCCCCAGGUGGCAGCACCACCCAAAAUACCCGAAAGAACCCCCUCCAUGAACCGGAUCAGUAGACCACUGGUCAAGACGGCCUCUCUACGUUUGGCCUACAGUGAACAGGUCAAUCCGGAGGAUGUGGGAAAGGUUAACAAAUUAAUUUCGAAAUUUGAGCCACAACGGAGGCCAAGAAUCAUAGCCAGGAGAGUAUAUUCUUCGCAGGAAUCCUCACAGGAUUACUCUGAUGAUGAGGAGGCAGAGGAAGAAGAAACGGAAAGUGAAGUGGAGAAACCCAGGAGCCGUAAUAUGUCUCUAGAUCGGACACCCACAAAUAAACCGAAAUUGCAAAAAUCAUUUUCCAUUGAGACCCCUGAUUCGGAGCAGGAAAUGAAAGUGAACAACAAAAAGGAGGAGUCUUCUUCUUCAAGAAUGCAAAGAAGGGCUCCAGAACCACCAACAGCUGAUUUGGAAAAAUUACAAGAUUUACACAUUACGGAAACCAAGCACCCCUCUACGAACAACAACAACAAUAAUCCCGAGAUAGUAAUACAACGUGGACCCCCACCCUUACCCCCCUUACCGAUUAUCAUCACUACCUCUUCGCAGGCAUCACCAGUGAAAAGUUUAACUACGAAACGAAACAACUCAACUCUCAGUCAAUACGACACCAAUUCGAACUGUAGUCAACCGAAUUCGGAAUAUGGCUCACCAAUGGCCUAUCCAUCGAGUCUAAUGGGAUCCUCGACGGAAGUAACACCCACCUCGAAUCGCAAAGAAACGGAAUUUCUCAGCACGACUCAGCAGCAAUAUCGCUCCCAGCGACGCAGUAUGGCGCGGGACGAUGAGCACUUCUAUUCGUUUGACAGUGAUGAGGAAAAUAGCUACUACUCCAUCAGUUCAACGGGUAGCAAUCGCUAUGUGGUAGAAUUAUAGACAAAAAAAUCGAGAGGCACAGCUGUCGAGAACAAACCAAUGCAGGAAGCAAACGUUAUAUUUUAAUAAUUAUUUAUUGUAAACAAUUUUAAUUGUUGUUAUUUGUUAAUUUUAAAUAAUUUUUUUUCUAAGUUUUAAGAAAAUCGAUUAUCGAUUAUUUUUCGAAAAUGAACUUCGAAAUGUUGCAAUAAAGAAACUAGUCUAAUUAAAACAUUUUAAAAA